AGCAUCGUCCUAACAAAACCCAGCUGUCACACUAGCCAGAUUUAGCUUCCAAAUUGCAUUUCCCUGAACGCAUCCCCAUCCAGUUUUGUUAGCGAAAGCUUCUUCGACCAUUCGAUUUGAUUUUUGGUUUUUUUAUUUUUUUAAUUGUCGUCAAUUGUAAGAAAAUGAACCCAAAUACAAACACGGCUUCUCCCAACCAUUCUCUCUCGUUCGAUCACAUCUCCAAUUACUUCGCUCUGCCUCUCAACGACGCCGCUUCCAACCUCGGUGUCUGUACAAGUGUACUAAAGAAAAUUUGUCGCGACAAUGGUCUCGAUAGGUGGCCUUAUAGGAAGUUUAUGUCUGGAAAGAGCAUCGAAGAAAUUAAACGGAAUGCGGCUAGAGAAAGAUACAAAGAACUUGCUGAGGUGUCAAAGAUUGGUAGAGAAAGUGGCUCACAACAACCAAACAGCGACAUGUCUAAAUCGCAAGGUGCCACACUUGCUCAUAAUUUGCAACAGCAAGGAAACAAGAAUAUUCAAAAUGUGCGGCCCCAGAAUUUGCUUGGCACAAGCUUGACAAAAGGAAUUACAAUCUUGGAUGAAUUUAAAUAUGGAUACCCAUCAGAUGGCUUAUCAACUGCCUCAAACAAAUGGUGGGGUAGUAGCGGCCCUGAUGGUUGUGAGCACGUCUUUGGAGAUGGAGCUGAGACCAAUGAAAAUGAGAAACAACAAUCUGAGAAAAUGGUAGCUGAUAGUUCCGACAUGGUAACGGUGGACAAAGAGAAACAUGAAGGUGGGAAAGAAGGCUGCAAAAUUGCUUCCCAAGGGAUGGGGGGUUUGGCAAGUGUGAGAAAAAGAAGCAUGGAAGAAGGACGAGAAGCACUUAAGCUUGGUGUUUUUCGAGGCUAUGGUAUAAACAAGAUAGGAAAGAGAGAGAGAACAUUGCUUCUAAGAAUAUUCAAGUCUUCGUUGCCCAAGCGGUGGAUAUAUGGCUCCUCUUAUUAAAUCAUGCGUCGGCUGCUCAAUCUUUAAGAAUAUAUGGAAGAUUUGAAGUUACUUCUCUUCCAUUAGUUUACAGUAUAUUCUGUACUCAUAUUUACCAAGUAUAUAUAUAUAUAUAUAUGGUGCUAUUGUUGCUAAUGUAUUUAUUAUUUCCGAGCAAGAAAAUGUAGUUUUUGUCUCCAUCUAUCUCUACUUGUAUUUUGAGGGAUUAUUAUCUCAGAUGCAAAAGUGGAUCGAUUAUUUUGGUAUAUCAACUGAUUAACUGGCUUUUGAUUA